AUUCUUUUACUCGGAGACUUCACGAAGCAGUGCUUAAAUUGGGCUUCCUGUGUCAUAUCGUGAUUAAAUUUGAGAGGGCAGUUUUCCUGUUUGUGUGUUUUAGUGUUUGUCCUGAUCCUACUUCCGUAGUUUCUGCUAAGAGUCAGUUUUAUCUUUCAGUACUUCACUAAGUUGCCAUGGCAAAGUGUUUCCUAGUGACAGGAGGGUGUGGCUACAUUGGCAGUCACUGUAUAGUUGAGAUGAUUUCUGCUGGCUAUGAUGUUGUUAUCGUUGAUAACCUGUCAAAUUCUGAUCCUGGUAGGAGUUGUUCCCCUGAAUGUGUAAGAAAAGUGGAAGAAAUAACUGGCAAAAGCAUUCCUUUCUAUAAAGAUGAUUUAUUAAAUAAAGAAGCGGUAGACAAAAUCUUCACUAAGCAUAAAUUUCUUGGUGUUCUUCACUUUGCCGGUUUCAAAGCUGUUGGAGAAUCAGUGAAAAUCCCAUUAAAAUACUAUCACAACAACCUGACCGGUACUCUACAUUUACUUCAGUGUAUGCAAGAGCAUGGUGUCUGUAACAUGGUAUUCUCUUCAUCGGCAACUGUCUAUGGAAAUCCACAGUUUCUUCCAAUCACAGAAUAUCAUCCUGUUGGGGGAUGCACCAACCCCUAUGGUAAAACUAAGUAUUUUAUUGAAGAAAUGCUUAAAGAUCUUUGCUUUGCUGAAAAGAAUUGGAAUGUUGUAUCAUUAAGGUAUUUCAAUCCUGUUGGUGCUCAUGUUUCAGGGAAAAUAGGAGAAGAUCCGAAGGAUAUACCAAACAACCUUGUCCCAUACAUCACACAAGUCGCAGUCGGCAAACGACCUCAUCUUAAUGUCUUUGGUAAAGACUAUGACACUCCUGAUGGUACAGGUGUGAGAGACUAUAUCCAUGUGGUAGAUCUUGGUCUUGGUCAUGUUGCUGCAUUGAAGAAACUGGAAGAGAAUUGUGGAUGGAAGGUCUAUAACCUGGGUACUGGAAAAGGCUACUCUGUGUUGGACAUGGUUAAAGCUCUGGAGAAAGCUUCUGGUAAAGAGAUUCCAUACAAGUUUGCUGAGCGCAGAGCUGGUGAUGUAGCCUCUGUGUAUGCUGACCCAGCACUAGCAGAAAAGGAGUUAAAAUGGAAGGCAAUAAGAGAACAGGAUGAGAUGUGUGCUGAUUCUUGGAGAUGGCAAAUGCAAAAUCCAGAUGGUUAUCGAUAAUCACUUCACAUAGCGCAAGAAUUCUUACUUGAAUUUGUAGUCAUUUAACUCAAUACAUACUUAAGUUAAUAGGUCGGUAUAAAAUGAAGAUUUGGUUAUAAUUUUAUGUUAAAAAAUUAAUGUAAAAUAAUUAUAUGUUACAGUACUUGUCAAUAGCAUGUGCAUAAUCAUUGUUGCAUUGAAGAAGAUUUUGAUGGACAUCAAGCAAAAGUUCUCCAAAGUUUUCAAGGGGACAUGCCUAUGGAAUGUCAUGGAAAUACAAUGUCAUUUCAACAAAUAUUCUCCUUCACAGUUUCCUAUGCCAUCUUGAAAGGUAGCCUUGCCCUUGCAUCAAAGCGAGACCAAUGGUGAGCUUGCAAUGAUAGAAACGUGAAUAAUAAUAUUGUCCAAGGUGUUAAAAAAGGACUAUCAUUGCAAGCUCACCAUUCGCCUCACUUCAAUGCAAGGGCAUGGCUACCUUUCAAGAUGGCACAGGGAACCACGAAAGGGACUAUCAUACAAUUUUGCACAUGUGAUCAAUUGGGAAGCACUGUUGCAUAAAUACAUCUGGUGCAUAAGAUUAAGUAUUUUAAUUAACAAUUAUUUUAAGCACAAAUCCCUUGAUAAACAAAGAUUUAAUGAUCUAUCCUUAGGCUGUACAAGCAUGAUCUCUUUAGUGUUAAGAAAUUAUAUGUUUCCAAGAAAAAAGGUACAUCAGAUACAUCAUUCAUUAUCACCAUCACAGAGCUUACCCCUCGUUUUUAUCAGUAGCAAAAAUCGGCAAUAAAAAAGUAAUCUGGUGCUACAAAACUGUUUAGCAAAACAUUUUGGUUACUGCGAUACAGUUCUUAUGCAAAUCGUACUCUAACUGAAUUGACAAAACUGACUGUUUACUACUUACACAUGGUAAGAGAUGCCACGGCACAAGGCAAACUGAAAUCAACUCAUCUAGCAAAUAUGGUAAUGUUAAGUUGUAUUUUGGGAAUUUCAGUGAAAUAAACUUAAUUGGUAAUUUACA